GUUUUCACACGCUAUAUAGUUGAUUAUUGGUUAGAUUUAUCUCUACCACUUAAAAAGUUUGAAGGAAAGUGUACACUUAUCACCAUGAAGUUUUUUUUAUUUCUAGCAAUUCUUUGUUUCACGGCAGCCUUGUCCUCUAGUCUUUGCUUUGCACAGACCACUGAGGAUAACUCUGUCCAAAAUAUUGACCCUCUUCUUUUUGUAUCUAAAACCACCUCCAGCGAUGACCUUGCGUUAGGAUCCUCGGUAGAAAUCGUUACCACGGUGUAUAAUUAUGGCCAGAGCCCGGCCUUUGACGUGGUUAUCACUGACAUGCUAGAAAACGGCACUGCCAAGGAGAAGAAAGUGGACUCGAUCCCCUACAAUGGAUCGGAGACUCUGCGUUACCACGUCCAGCCCUCUAAGCUGGGAAGCUACCUGGUCGGCCUCACCGUUGUCCAGUAUAAUCUCGAGCAGGGCUACAACAUGACGUCGCAAACAACGUACAGCAAUCUGAUACGCGAAGGGGAUGCAUACUUUAGGGGCGAAGACAUUGAUGAUGAGUCUUUCCGCGGUAAGCUGUCGGUACUCACACGAGAACGGUACGAUCGUCUCCACGCACGCUUCAUCAAGGAGACGACGGCAUACCUCUUUCUUGGAUGCAUUCCCACGCUCUUCCCAUACGUUCUUUACCAUGUGAAACAGUCUAUGAUUAACGAAAUACUCCGACGCUCGAAGCGAAAUCGCUGAACUCAUUAAUAUGGAUGAUUGUGGGGGGAGGAUGAAUGUAUCUCUCCCAAAAUUAAUCCGUUUAGGUAUAACCAAAAAAUUGUCAUAAUAGAGUAAAUUCUGAAGUGGGCUUUUUUUUCUUUAAGUCUACAUGCAAUGGUGAGGUAAAAUGUAGAACAUUUCUUUUUCGGAUAGGAUUGACGACUGUGGUUGUCUUUAAUGUGUAAUGCAGCUGAGAGUGAAAAAAUAAGUAAACUGUGGUAGAACAACUACAACAGCGAGUAGGGUGUGGUGGUGGUAUUUGGUAUAUAAAAUUUUAUAUCAUUCGCUUCUUUAUUUGAUUAAAGAAAGGAUUUUUAUAUACAUGUAUGUGUAUAUAAAGUACUGUUGUAUUUUAAGUAAUAAUGAUGAAAAUGCAUCCAAAAAUGUGUAAUCUUUUAUUGUUAAUUUCAUGCUAAAGAGGAAA